AGGCAGGCCACGCAAACGCAGAGGGACUCGGAGGGGGAGAGAGAGGAGAGGAGCGGGGAAGAGAACGGGCAUCGAGGUGGCGGACCGAUUUAUGGCGAGGGCAAGGAGAAGGAGAGUGAUAGAUGAGUCUUGUUGAUUAGUUAGCGAAUGGUGAUUACGGAUGGAUUGCCGUGAAGCUUACGUCCCCGCCAGCGAUAACCGGAGGGCGAAUGGGAGGGCGAAUCCCCCGCCGGUCGCCCCUCUUCGCAUACACUUGCUCUUCUCGAUCGUCUCCCUUCUUUGCUCCCUUUUUACCCCCCCGACUCGGAACUCACUUCCAUCCUCCCCGGCGUCUUGCCACGAACCUGAUCCAGAACGGUUCGAAACACCGAGCAAUUCAUCUCAGUCAGACCCCAUCCGCAGCUCAUCCCCAGCUCCUCCGCAUCCCUUUCCCUGAUCCCGCCGGUGCCAGCCUGGCAGCCUGGCAGCUCUCGCGUGCAUGCAGCUUGCAUCCCUAUCCCCAAUCAUCGCCCUUCCGACUUCUCCAGCCUAAUCGCUGCGCUGUACCAUCACCACCACCCCGCCUACCGUGUCUCCCAACGAUUGAAUCCAUUCUACCCCACGAGGCUUCACUACAAUUAUCUGAAUCGGUUGGACAAAACGCAUCGGGACCCCAUACAUAAUCGCAAACAAGGAAGCCUGCACCGCAAGCCAGUGCCGCUCGAUCGGACCACGGCAUGAGCGGCUCUCCUUGGACCUGGCUCGGUUGUCUACAUGCAUAACAUCGUGGCCAAAGCAGAGCAGUGUCCG